GUCAGUCGGAGAGGCAGAGGGAGAAGAAAAGCAGGAGACCACGUAAACCAAAACUGGAUUCUGAUUUCAACCAUUUGGAAAUUAUCUGCAAUUUUGUUUGAGUUACGGACUUUUUGUUGACUGAGGGCGGCUCUUCGGUCUGAAUGUUGCCGUUUACAGCUCCUUCUAUGAUGGAUUUUUCGUGCAGACAUCGAAGUUCCAAGUUAUUGACUGUCCUUUCAUCGGUGUUUCUUGUCCUUGCGCUAUGGACUCAAAAAUUAAAUGCUUUUUAUGUUCCUGGAGUAGCCCCUGUUGAAUUUAAACGUGGGGAUAGUAUAGAUGUUAAGGCUGUCAAAAUGACAAGUACUCAUACUCAAUUGCCGUAUGAAUACUACUCACUCCCGUUCUGUGAGCCCAAAAAUGGCACCUUCUACAAAUCAGAAAAUUUAGGUGAGGUUCUUCGUGGCGAUCGAAUUGUAAACACACCCUAUGAAGUUCGCAUGGCAGAAAAUGUAACGUGUCGCUUGUUGUGUAACUCACCUGACCGACCUAUCAACUGGAGGGAAAUUGAAUCUCAGACUGUUAUCAGUCGUAUUGAGCAUGAAUACAAUGUCCACCUCAUUGUUGAUAAUCUUCCAUGUGCUACAAAGAUUGUGGACAUGGUAACAAAAAAUGUGCAGCAUCGUCCUGGCUAUCAACUAGGCUAUCAAGUGGACAAUGAGGGUUCCAACAAACCAGUUUACAUCAACAAUCAUUUGAAACUUAUUCUAUACCACCACCCACAUUCAGUAAACACUUACAGAGUAGUGGGAUUUGAAGUUGAAGCUCGGAGUAUCAGCUCAGAUAGCAUGAGAUUUAAUGGAGAUUCCUGCCGAUUCCCAGAAGGAGCAAGUGGACAAAUGGUCAACCGAGUUGGUGGCACAAAGCUUUUCUUUACGUACUCAGUUGAGUGGCGGCCAUCUGAUGUGUCAUGGGCUUCACGGUGGGACAUAUAUCUUGGCAUGAGUGAUGUUAAAAUUCAUUGGUUCUCCAUAAUCAAUUCCUUAAUGGUUGUAUUUUUCCUUUUUGGAAUUUUGACAAUGAUUAUAGUUAGAGCACUUCGAAGAGAUAUUGCCAGGUACAAUACUUACGAAGCCCUUGAAGAGGCCAUUGAAGAAACUGGUUGGAAGCUAGUCCAUGGUGAUGUUUUCCGUCCACCUCGGCACCCUCGUCUGUUUGCAGCAGUAAUAGGCUCUGGAAUUCAAAUUUUUUUCAUGGCCCUGUACACAAUAGUAUUUGCAACUCUUGGAAUGCUUUCUCCUGCAUCACGAGGUGCUUUGAUGAAUGCAGCCAUUUCAUUGUACAUCCUCAAGGGGCUUAUUGCUGGCUAUUUUUCUGCGAGGGUUUACAAGACGUUGAAAGGUAGAGAGUGGAAGAGAGCUGCAUUUUUGACGGCAACAUUGUACCCAGGAAUUGUAUUUGGCACUUGUUUCUUCCUAAACUUCUUCAUUUGGGGAAAACAUUCCAGUAGUGCAGUUCCCUUUGGUACUAUGGUGUGGCUUAUGUUCCUGUGGUUUGGUAUCUCAUUACCACUGGUGUAUUGUGGUUACUACUUUGGCUAUCGUAAACAACCUUACCAACAUCCAGUCCGUACAAAUCAAAUUCCCCGUCAAGUCCCAGAUCAACUGUGGUACAUGAACCCAAUAUUCUGUUCUUUGAUGGCUGGUGUUCUACCAUUUGGUGCAGUGUUCAUUGAACUCUUCUUCAUUUUCACUGCUAUUUGGGAAAAUCAAUUCUAUUACAUGUUCGGAUUCUUGUUCCUGGUGUUCAUAAUCCUGGUGGUGUCUGUGUCCCAGAUAUCCAUUGUAAUGGUGUAUUUCCAACUUUGUGGAGAGGACUAUCGCUGGUGGUGGCGUUCUCUUGCUGUAUCAGGAGGAUCUGCCAUUUAUAUAUUUGGCUAUGCAGUCUUCUACUUUUUUACCAACUUGGAAAUCACUGAAUUUACCCCUACACUUUUGUACUUUGGAUAUACUGCUCUGAUGGUUAUUACCUUUUGGUUUUUAACUGGUACAAUCGGUUUCUUUGCUGCAUAUUUCUUUAUCAGAAAGAUUUAUGGUGCAGUUAAAAUUGACUAGGCGUGUUAGGAAUGAAAUUACUAAAUUAUAUUUUCAGUUUUAGUGGGAGACAUGUGCACUUCUAUCCUUAAUGGUGCUUCAAUACCUAUUUGUAAAUAUUGUAAUUAUAAAUGUUUAUUUAUAUAAAACGUGACUUAGUGUUAACCCAAGAAAAGUGUUGUCAUCAGCUUUCAAGGAUUGGUUGCCUUGGAAAUCGGUGCUUGUUUGUUGGAGAGGCCUUUUGCUGGUAGCGCAAAAGCAAAGCGCUUUCAGGACACUGUGGAAAAUCCCUCUGACCUCUGUGAUAUUAGGCACAUGGCCUCUUAGUGAUAAAGCUACUUUGCUGUCAUCAGUCUCUUACUGGCAUACUGCGCAAGACAGUUAAGUGUGCUGACAAGUGCUCCAAAAAUGACAACUGACCCUAUUUUUUUUGUACAGUUAUCCCCUUAUGACAUACAUUAGUAACUUUUCUUUUAAUAAAUAGCAAAUCUUGAUUGAGGAUUCA